AUGGUUGUUUGUACAAUUGAAAAUCUUGUGUUUCAAUGUGAAAUUAAAAAAGAAAUAAAUGAAAAUAAAUGCGAACAACUUGUAUAUUCAUUUGGUCAUCAAGAAGAUGGAAAUACAUGUUGUAUUAUUUUUUAUGGUUGGAGAUCACAUCUUGACAUUGAUUUAACUGAAUUGAAUAAGAGGAUUAAUGAACCAAUUGGGGAUGUGUUUAUUGAUCUUGUUGAAACUAUAAAUGAAGUAAUUAAUGAACAAAGACCCAAAGAAAAACAGUACAGAAUUAUCGACCAUUUAGAAGUUAUUGAAGGGAUUCCAUUUGUUGGAUACCAUACUAGGAGACAUACCUUUGGAAGAGUUUGGUUAAAAAAUCAUAAAGACAUCAACCAAGUAAGGAAAAUUUGUAAUGAGAUGGAUAUAAAUAUAUAUGAGGCACAUCUUAGCCCUGACAUUAUGUUUAUGACUGAUUUAGGAUUAAGAACAAUGGUAUUUGUUCAUUUUAAUGCUUUAAUAUCAGACUAUAGAAAAACUAAAUGUAAACAUGAAUAUUAUAUUGAUUGUAAAGUAUUAAGUCCAAAUGAGUUUGCUUCAGAAACAAAAGAUGGACUGAGAAAUGGAAAUCUUAGAGUCUAUUGGGGAACAUCUCCUUUUGUUAAUUGUGAAGAAGGAGGAACUAAAACUGAAUCAUUUUCAGAGAAUGGUAAAAUUCUUAUUGAUAAAUGGAUUACUCAAAUGACUUUUCAAGAAUAUAAUGAUAAGUUGGUUCUUGAUAUUGAUAGACUUCAAAAAAUAGUAGAAAAGUAUAAUUUGAGUCCAGGGAGAGGUAUUAGAGAAAAUACUCAAUUUCAAACACAAAUGAUGACACAAAUCAGUCAGAUGAAUAUUAACAAGAUUUUUGAAAAGGAGAUAUAUGAUUGGAAUGAAGAAAUAGAAGUUGAUAGUUUUAAUGAAGAGGUUGAAGUCACACAAGAAUUAAUCAACAAAAAUGAAAAAUUUUCUAGUCUUCAAAUAAAUGAAAAAGAAAAGAAGGAAAUUACUUUUAAACAAUCAAGUGAGGAUGACAGUACAAUGGAAUGUGAAGAACAAGAUAAGGCUAAUGGGUUUGGAGAUUUGGAAAUAGAGUUAGAUGGUUCUAUACAGUUUCAUCAAAGCUUAGAUGAAAGUAUAGACUCUUCAGAGAGAAUGGAAAUAGAAGAAGUAGAAGAUGAGAAUCAAAAUUCAGGAAUAGAGUUAUUAAGUCAAAUUUCAUGCACCAACUUUCAGAUACAAAGAAAUAAUAAUAAAAUUUUCACUCAAACCUUACAAAAUAAGGGACAUAUUUUUUUUGAUGAAAACAAAAGUAUAGAAGAAUCAGUUCAACAAGGAAAUAAAACACUUCAAAUAAAUUUAUUAGAGAAGGGUAGUCGAAUAAUAAAUCAAGAAGUUUUAUUUGAAGAAAAUAAACCAAAGUCAUCCGAUACAUUAGAAAUAAAUUAUAAGACAAAUGAAAAUGUUAUUGUCUUUGAUAGUCCACCAAGUUUAUUUGAAAUACAACAAGAAAUAAAACACUAUAAAAUAAAUAUAUGUCACGAAGGUAUUAUUAUUCCAAAAAUAAAUGAAAUAAUUGAAUCAACUUAUCCAAUUCAUUGUAUAUGUACAAUCCCACCACCAUCAUUCAUGGACGUAAUUCAAAGUUUAAAAACUCAAAAAAAUGAUAAUGAAUAUAUUGUAAAUCAAGAAAAGAAAUUAAAUGAUCCUUAUUCAUAUUUUAUGAUAAAUAGAAUUAAUAAUCCUUUAAUAAGUAAGAACAGUUGUAUAAUUAGUAUUCAAUUAUUAUUUCAUCGAUUUGAUGAAUCAACAGGAAAAUAUCAAAAUUCCAAACAUGACUCUGUUGAAGGAAUAAUUGUUUACCAAUCAUUUAGAAGUAAGACUUUAUUUUAUCUUAUUCACACUAAUUUAGAAGCUAUUAAAUAUCUUCAUAAAACUUAUAAAACACUUAAAACAAUUGAUAUUAUUUGUCAUAAUGAAUUAUCGCUUUUCAUUUCAUUGAUUAAAAUAAUUAAUGAUGAAGACGCAGAUAUGAUAAUGGCAGAAGAUUGUUCAUUUACUAUCCAAUUCAUUAAUGAAAGGUAUAAACUUUAUAAACAAGGAAGUUUUAAUGAUAAAAUUAAUAGAUUACAAAAUGGAAAAGGGAUAAAAGGAAGAUUAGUACUAGACAUCUGGCACAUUUAUAAGGAAUGUAGUAAAUUUUCCAAUUAUGAAACUGACUAUAUUGCUAAGCAAGUAUUUAAUGUGUCAUUACCAAAUGUUAAUUAUUUAUGUUAUAAUGCACCAGAACAAUUAUUAAGUUCCUUUUUAAGGUUUCACUGUUGUCUAUUAUUAUUAGACUAUUUUGGUUAUAUAAACCGAAUUCAAGAAUUUGCACAGUUUCAUGCUUGUCCUCUUAAAGGGGAAAUAGAACGAGGUUCACAAUAUAAGGUUGAGUGUUGUUUAAAAAGGGUGAGUAAGAGUGAAUUUAAGUUAUUUUCACCAAGUGAUAAUCAACUAAAUUCUAGUAGAGCAACGGACUGUGUUGCAUUAGUAAUGGAGCCACAGUCUGGGUUUCAUAGUAAUCCUGUUAUUGUACUAGAUUUUCUUUCUAUGUACCCAACAACAGCAAUAGCUUAUAACAUAUGUUAUUCUACGUGUCUAGGAUAUGUAGAUGAUAUUAGUACUGAAAGAAAAAUUGGACCAAUGACAUACUCUUUUGAAAAAGAAAAUUUAAAUACUCUUAAGGGUAAUAUUCAUGUUGUAGCGAAUGGAAUAAUGUUUGUAGAUGCAUGUGUUAGAAAAGGGAUAUUACCUAUUAUGCUUGAAGAAAUGUUAUCAACAAGACAACACAUUAAAGAAAGAAUGAAGAUGUUUACAAAAGGGAGUGAAGCAUAUAAAAAAUGUUUUCUUCAACAAUUAGCACUAAAAUUGUUAUGUAAUGUUGUUUAUGGAUAUACAGGCGCUGGGCUAUCUGGGAGAAUGCCUUGUAAUGAAAUUGCAGAUGCUAUUGUUGAAACAGCUCGGCAAACACUAGAAAAAGCCAUCAAUUUUGCUGAAAGAAAGUUUGGAGGAAAAGUAAUAUACUCAGACACUGAUAGUUUGUUUGUAGAAAUGGAAGGUAAGACAAUAGAAGAAUCCUUUGAAGUUGGAAAACAAUUAUGUGAAGAAUUUAAUAAAACUAUUCCGCCUCCAAUGAAACUUCAAUUAGAAAAAGUGUAUUGGCCCCUUGUUACUGUUACAAAAAAAAGAUACUUUGGAAUGAAGUAUGAAAAAUGUGAAACAAAACCAACUCUCGAAGCUAAAGGUCUUGAGGCUGUAAGAAAAGACAGUUGUAGAGUUGUAAGAGGGAUGAUGUCAUCUGUGAUGAAAUAUUUAUUAAAUAAAGAUAUUGAAGGAAUGAAACAAUACUUAGAAAUCAACUGGGAAAUGAUCCAAAAGGGAGAAGGAUUUAUUGAUGACUUUAUAAUUAGUAGACCAUAUAGAAGGCAUUAUGCUGAAGGAAGAAAACCACCAAUUGGAGCAAAAGUCAUUUUAAAAGAAAGAGAAAAAGAUAAUACUUUCUAUUUUCAGUAUGGACAAAGAGUUAAAUAUGUUGUUGUUAGGACAUCAUCUGGAAAAUUAUGUGAUAGCGCUGUAAGCCCACAAUUUGCUGCGUCAGAACAAAUGGUUAUUGAUAGUGAUUAUUAUAUUAAUAAACAAAUUAAUAAUUCAUUACAAAGAAUUUUAUUACCUUGUGGUAUUGACAUUAAUAAAUGGUAUAAUACUUCAUUAACCACAAUCCUUUUUGAAGGAAGAAAAGAUAAGAAAAUAAGAUUAGAAGAUUAUUAUUUAAUCCAUAAAUGCAUCAGGUGUAAUAAAAAAAUUAUAGGAGAAAGUUAUUUAUGUAAAACAUGUUCAUAUGAUAAAAGAAUUGUAAUUGCUGAAUGUCAAUUACAUAUCAAAGAGAUGGAACAAAGACUAAUAGAUAUGAAAAAGAGAUGUUUGUAUUGCCAAUUACAAUAUCCUUUUGAAUGUAUAUCAACACAAUGUCCUAUUUCAUUUAAAAUUAUCAAAGAAGAAAGUGAGUAUAGAAAUUUUCUAAAAGAUGUAAUGAAGAAUAAUGAAACAACUAUAAUUAGUGACUAUGAAAUGGAACAAGAUGAUAUGGUUAUAUAA